AUGGAGGGGCCAAGGGCUGCCCCUCAGCCUUGCUUGGGCCUGGGCCUGGAAGAAAUAUUCAGGGUUGCGUCAGCAUUGCCUGAAGAUGCAGGACCAGGCCCUAAUCCUGGUGGCUUUCUUAGGCCUUUGGUGAUAUGUGCAGCUGUUGGAUUUUUUGUUGCUCUCUUGUUUUUGUGGAGAAGUGUUCAGUCUUUUAGAAGCAGGUUUUCCGUGGGAAGAAAACUGGCUCUAAAAGUUUCUGAACUACUUGCAGAAAAAUGCAAACUACUUGAAACAUUUAGUCUUGUUCAAAAAGGGUGUGACGGCUUGGAGUCAUCCUUAAAGGAUGCGAGUUUUGUGAAAGAGUCAGUAGAAGAACAAACUUUGGAGGCAACGUAUGAAAAGCUGAAUCGGUCCAAAUCUAAACUUGAAGAUGAAAUACUCAUUCUAGAAAAAGAGCUGAAAGAAGAGAAAUCUAAACGUUCUGAGCAGGAUGAAUUGAUGGUGGAUAUAGCACAAACAAUAAAGUCCCUAGAAGAGGAAUCAAAAUCCCUCAAGUCACAAGUAUCUGAAGCUAAAACAACCUUCAGACUACUGGAAAUGAAUAAAAAAGAACUGAAGGUAGCAAUAAAAGAGGCUCUGAGUGAGAAUAACCAGCUUCAGGAAAGUUACAAACUCCUCUUACAAGAAGCCGAAGUAUGGAAGGAAAAAGUGAGUGACCUUCUUAAAGAGAAGAUAACAUUAGAAGACUCUAAGGUACAGGCAGAAGAAGUUCUGGGUGAUACAGAAAAUCACAUUAAGUCUGUGACCAAACGCUUGCUAAAGAUGGAUGGGGCUCCUGUGCCUGGAGAAGACCUAACAGAUGAUGGUAACUUAAAGUUGGAAGUGAAGAGUGAGUCAGAAAUUGGUGUUCACUUAGGAAAUCAGCCAAAAAGAGCUUUGAAGGAACUGGUUCAUGCUGUUAAGUUAAAUGCCUCUUUAAAAACCUUAGGAGAAAGAAAUCAAAUUUAUACUUCAUUUUCUGAAAUACACGAAAGAAAAGAAGAUCUUACAGAACCUAUUAAAAAUCUUGAGACUGAAGGAGAAUCUUUGCGGUCAGAAAAUAGACAGUUUGAAAAUGAGAACCAGAAGCUUCAGCAGAAACUUAAAUUAAUGAUGGAACUGUAUGAAGAAAAUGAAGUGAAACUCCUGGGGAAAUUAAUAGCAGAGGAAGAGUGCUGGUUUGAGGAAGAGGAGAGACUUUGCAAAGUGAAUGAAAGGAUCAGCCUGGCAGCUAAACAGCUGGAGACCUGUAGAAAGCAAGCCAAAGAUUUGGAGGAAGAAUUGGAGAGUACCAUUCAUUUUUAUGAGAGGCAGAUUCUUUUCUAUGAUUCUCAUAGAGCACCUGCUGACACUGUGACCCUGUCAUCUCCAUGGGAACCGGAUUCAUCUUGCCCUGCUGAAAAUCAAGCAGCUGGCUCUGGCUUUGUUUUUGUACCUCUCGUUCCAGUCAGAAAUCCAUCCCUUGGAGUAGAUGCAAGGAGGAAUUUCAUGAGAAGAGGAUCUUUCCUUCCUCCACCUCCUCCAGGAAACAUGUAUGGAGCAUGUGGAAAUUAUUUUCCACGUGGCCCACCCACCCCUUCCAUUCCCCGUGUGAAACAUCUAUUCACUGAGGCCUUUUCCUCAUUAUCUUUUCCCAAGAGCUGA